AUGGGUGUGCAGCUGCAGCUCUCCUUGGAUGUGAUGGGUGUGCAGGUGCAGCUCUCCCUGGAUGUGAUGGGUGUGCAGGUGCAGAUCUCCCCGGAUGUGAUGGUUCUCUCCCGCUUCGGCCGCUCUGUUUCCACACCAGUCUUUCAUAGGAUUUUUGCUAAUGUGGCCCCAGAUACCAUCAACAACCAUGUGAAGACGUGUCGUGAGGAGCAGAAGAACCUGCACUUCUUUGCACCUGAAUAUGGAGAGGUGACAAAUGUGACCACUGCCGUGGACAUCUACUCUUUCGGGAUGUGCGCCCUGGAGAUGGCAGUUCUGGAGAUCCAGGGGAACGGAGAGUCGUCGUAUGUGCCCCAGGAAGCUAUAAACAACGCCAUCCAGUUUCUGGAGGACCCUCUGCAGAGGGAAUUCAUCCAGAAGUGUCUGGAGAUGGACCCCAGUAAACGUCCCAACGCCCGAGAGCUGCUCUUCCACCCAGCUUUGUUUGAGGUGCCAUCUCUGAAGUUGCUGGCGGCUCAUUGCAUCGUGUCUCAUCAGCAUAUGAUCCCAGAAAAUGCCUUAGAAGAAAUGACGAAGAACCGGGACAUGAGCGCCGUCCUAGCCGAGAUCACACACAGUGACCGGGUUGGUGUGAACAUGAUGUUCUCACAGUCACCGGCUCUGGAGCUGGACAAGUUUCUAGAAGACGUCAGAAAUGGCAUUUACCCCUUGACCGCAUUUGGAAUUCCUCGACCUCAACAGCCACAGCAGGAAGUGGUGAAAUCUCCCGUCGUCCCUCCCUCUGUGAAGACCCCAACUCCUGAACCAGCUGAGCUGGAGACACGAAAGGUGGUUCAGAUGCAGUGCAACAUUGAGUCUGUCGAUGAAGGCACAAAGCACCACGUGACGUUAUUACUAAAGCUGGAGGACAAGCUGAACAGACACCUAAGCUGUGACGUAUUACCCAAUGAGAACAUCCAGGACCUGGCCAUGGAGCUUGUGCAGCUGGGCUUUGUCAGCGAGGCCGACCAGAGCCGACUCACCUGUUUACUUGAAGAAGCUUUCAACAAAUUCUUUUUUGCUCGGAAUGGAAACAUGAUGGCCGUUACGGUGUCAUCAUAGCAAUUAGUAGCAUCAACAGGCUGGACUGUUACCCGAACCGCUCUGCAGCUGAGCAUCCACCCUCAUCUGUCAUUUCCACUUCCCUGCUGCCCGGAACAGUGCAGAACGCAGGAAGAAAUCUCGCCCAUCGUCAUAAGGAACACAAGAUGCCAAUUGCAGUAUGCUAGCUACAACCUCCAUUCUGUGCCUGCCAGAUACAGAAGUCUGUACACCUGCAGACUCUGGACUCCUUGGGCUGGACGCAGAGGUCAAUGCUGGUUUGGUCAGAGACUCGGGGCAAUUAUGGCUAGGAAAAGAGGUUCACAGCAGUUAUUUGGCGGUUUCAGGACAGUCUUGACAGAUGCCAGCUUGACUGCAGUCUCAGGACUGUCCUGGCAAGACACACAGGUCGAUAGUAGCAUGACUAAGAUCCUUGAGAUGUCCUGUUCAGACACUGAGGUUUGUGGGAUCAAGACUGCAGUUUUUGGACUGUCCUGGCCCAAUACAGAGGUCGAUAGUAGCGUGACUGCAGACAUGGGACUGUCCUGGCAGGACACAGAUGUCGAUAGUAGCAUGAAUAAGGUCUCUCGCCUAGACUGGCCCAACUUAACGGUCAAUAGUAGUGUGACUAAGGUCUCUGAACUGUCCUGUUCAGACACUGAGGUUUGUAGUAUCGUGACUGCAGUCUCAGGACCGUCCUGGAAGGACACAGAGGUCGAUGGUAGCAUGACUAUGUUCUCUCACCUAUGCUGGCCGGACUUGGAGGUCAAUAGUGGCGUGACUGUGGUCUCUGGAUUGACCUGGCCACACAUCCAUGUUCUUCACACAGUUUACACCACGGUAGUAUUCUGUUAGUCGUACAUGAUGCCACUCCCUCGGGGAUUUAGGCAGAGAGGAGUAAGCAAUGGUUCUUUCUGUUGGCGAGUACAUUAUGUUGGGGCUCCAUGCGGUUAUCUACGCUCUGCCGUCUUUUACCUGUGGGUGAUGGGACAAUCAUAUCUUGCUAUAUCGGGGGGAGGGGCAGCAUUGCACAGUAGAGGGGGGGACCAUGGCUUCCUGCCAGCCUUGUCUUGCUUUUCAUCCAGCCCCUGGAUGACGCCUCCUAGUGCUAAACUGCAGCUUCAUGUGUAGUGUUUACAGCCGUGAUUGGUCCAGCUUUGUGCGGUUGUGUGAUAUCGCUGGUGAUUGGCUGAUAGUUCUGCAGAAAUAGGGUCGGGGACGUGUGGCUCAGCCACUGGUUGGGACCUUGGUGUCGGAGGACGAAGUGGUCAGUCUUGUUAUGUGAGGAGGCUGCAUGAGCGAGGGCCCCGAUUUACGGACGUGGCCUGUAUUAACUGCUUCCAUGCUGUGAGGGCGGAGACGGCACUAGCUUUGCACACUAUGAACCUAACGUGUAUAUCUUUACGUGAUGUCAUCUUCAUUUUGAAACGAAUAACUCUUUAGUUGUUUUUUUUUCUUCUUGUAAAUAAAAGUUUGUUGUAUUUAA